AUGUCAGGAUUUCCCAAGAAGACGCUGGCAGCUCUUUCAGCCAUAGUGCUGUUUGGUACGGCCUACUCGUUCGUGUACGGCACAUACAUGGACACGUCGGAUCCACUGCUCACUCAUCUUCCACACCUGCUGCACAAGACACAUUACUUUGCGACAAAAUCGAACAUUCUAAACGUCCUCUUCGUCAAAAAACUCUGGGCCUGGACGUCUGCAGCGUUCGUCGCUUUGUACGUGACCAGCCCGGUGAGUCUCCAGACACGAGACCGGAUCUACAAGUACCUUGCCGAAACCGCAACGUGGCUCCUCUUUACUGGCUGGUUUUUUGGACCGUCUCUCUUUCAGCGUUUCACCGCCUCAACUGGCGGAGAGUGUAUCAUGCACUUACCGUCAGGCGCGGUCGUGACCGUCCCGCACGAAUUCUGCUAUCAAAGGUCGGCACUCUCCACCACGACGCACCCCGAGCUGUUUCAAGCCUCUAUAUCUCCACCUGACAAGACUUGGUCGCAAGUUCCGCGACUCCGCAGAGGACACGACGUCUCGGGACACCUGUUCCUCCUCACGAUGACUAUCCUUUUCCUGACCGAGCAAGUAUCGUACUCGUUUCGCCGGAUGCAGGCGGCCGGUGGACACCCAGAGGCAGCAUGGUCGACACUACACAAGUGGGCAGUAGCAUCUGCCGUUGCUGUGAUUGCCCUCAGCUUCUUCGCGACCUACACUACGAGCGUGUACUUCCAUACCCCCUUGGAGAAAUUGUCCGGGUUCUUGCUCGGCGUUGCUGGCUAUGCAGUCACGCGCACUGAUUUCUUCGUACAAUCGCUUCUGUAG